AUGGCUUCGCUCACCUGCGUACAAGACACAGGCGUGCGAUUUAACAAUCGUGGAGACAAGAUUAAUACUACUUCCCAGGCGAGGACGGAACAACUCCUAUACCACUUGCAGAACGCUCUCGAGGACACCAGAGACACUUCGAACACACCAAGAUAUACACCUACACAGACCAUGGAUAGUCUUCCGAUAAUAGAGCCCACAUCCCCAAGCAGUCCGAGGAAAACAAAGCUACGACGCGCCCUCGCGCUCGAAGACAUGAUGGCUGAUAUAAGCCUCUGCGACCACGAAGAUCAAAUAAGAAACAUCAAAGACACUGAAUACCAACAUUUCAGCUGGGAAUUCUUGGAUAUCUGCGACAUAUCCCGCGAGUCAACCGAUGUGAAAAUCACGCAAAAGCCACGAGUGCGCGCCGCGACACUCACUGCUUCUGCUUCUGCUGCGAAGAAGCUGGAUCUCGAAGAAAAGAUAUCGGCCGCGCUGGAUGGGCUCGAUUCAAGAGCGUUUGUGCGCCCGCCGCAAGCGGAGUUUCUGCUUAAGAAGACGCUGCGUGGAGCGUAG